AUGUCGACGCCCGCUCGCGCCUCGCUCGCUCGCCGCGCGCUGACCGCGCUCGCGACCGCGUCGCGCGCGCCGUCCACCUCGCGCGUCGCCGUCGCCGCCGCGCCCAUAACCUUCCGCGACGCGCCGCGCCCUCGAUCAUCGACGUGUUCGACGUCGACGUCGACGACGCGAACCUUCGCGUCGUCGUCGUCGUCGUCGUCGUCCCAGCGCGACGCGAGCGGCGAGGGGUUCAACCCGGACGACCUCCUCGCGCCGCUCAGGGCGAAGGUCGAGCGGCAGGUCGCCGGGCUCACCGAGGAGACGCCCGCGCGCGCGGCGAUGCGACGAGACGAGGAGAGACGACGCGGCCAAGGACUUUACUUCCCGGCGUUCGUCUCUCUCCGCCCAGGGUCCCUCGCUCACAAUCCCGACACACCUCGACGCCUUUCAACUCCGCUUCUGACGCCUUUCAACUCCACGACCCGACCCCAAGGUGGCCACCAUCCAAACCGCGGGGACGGCGGGUCGGACGACGACGCGACGGCGACGGCGACGGCGACCGCGGGGGGGAUGAAGGACGGCGUGGAGGAGGUGAACGGGCCGCGGGGGUUAGAGCCGACGCGGUUCGGGGACUGGGAGCGCGGCGGGCGAUGCAGCGACUUUUAA